UGAGGUUACGUAUCGUAGCAUUGUGAGGAUUAUGAGGUACAUCGAUGAUGCAAGCCAGGAUGAGGCCCAGAAGAUCGACCAGGAGCUGUUUGAGGACUACUCCUUCAGCGUGGAACAGCUGAUGGAGCUGGCCGGGUACAGCUGCGCCGUCGCCAUCGCCAGGUGUUUCCCAAUAGACAACAUGUCCAAGGACAACGGUGCAGUGCUGGUGUGUUGUGGGCCUGGCAACAAUGGUGGGGACGGCCUUGUCUGUGCCAGACAUCUCAAACUAUUUGGCUUCAAGCCUUCCAUCUUCUACCCGAAGCAGCCCAACAAGCCCCUGUUUGAGAGCCUGCGCCGCCAGUGUGAGGGGAUGGACAUGCCCUUCUUGUCCUUCUUCCCCUCCGACCCCCAGCUCAUCAAAGACUCCUAUAACCUCAUCGUAGAUGCGCUGUUCGGAUUCAGCUUCAAGGGACCUGCCCGCCCCGAGUUUGCCUCCAUCUUGGAGAAGCUGAAGAAGAUACAAGACGAUGUCCACAUCUGCAGCAUUGAUGUACCUUCAGGAUGGGAUGUAGAAAGCGGCGACCCUGACGGCAUCCACCCAGAGCUGCUCAUCUCGCUGACGGCACCCAAACUGUGUGCCCGCCACUUCAGGGGCAAACACCACUAUCUGGGCGGCCGCUUCGUGCCGAAGACGCUGGAACAACGCUACAGUCUCAAUCUUCCUGCCUACCCAGGCACAGAGUGUGUGAUAGAACUGAAAACACAGACCACGGAACCUGCAGAAAGUUCCAAGUGAUUCUCUCCGCUGCCAUCAAUUGACCUCCUGCUGUUUGUUGAUAGCUUGAAAUGUGUAUAUCAUCUGUCCUUUCCAAACAAUGUAUAGAGAAAAGGUUUGGUGUAGAACUGUUGUGCAUCGGUUGAAAUUAUUUUAAUGGUUGGUUUAGUUGGGUUAAUUCCGCUUUCAGCUUUAGUUAUAUCAUGCUUGUUAGUUUAGAGGUAGUCAUCAAGCCAUACUAAAAGACUUGAAGAAUUAAAGUCACAUGUGACCUGAAUGUCACAAUGGAGUUCUGUUUUUGCUCACACAACAGCACAUUAUCUUGAUUAAAUGCGUCUCUCAAAAUAACAAUUAAAUUUAGUAAACAUU